AACGAGAGGAUUUGAUCUGAUUCGUCGCUGUGGUGUUGGAGGUAGGGAGUGUUUAAUGUUAGAUGGUGUCUUUUAAGAUGAUUAGCAACCAUUUUGUGCGGAUUUUUCAUUCUGGACAAUCUUUUUGGAAUUCUGUAAACAAGUCAUUUUUAGGAAAGCUUCGGAAGAAAACGGGGUACACAUUUGCCAACUGCAGAAAAGCGCUUGAACUUCAUGAUGGUGAUAUGGAGAAGGCAGAAAAGUGGUUACACGAACAGGCACAAGCCCUUGGAUGGGCCAAGGCAACAAAACUUGAAGGGCGACCCACAGCACAAGGUCUGGUAGGAGUAGCAGUAAAUCAGAACAUUGCAACCAUUGUAGAAGUGAACUGCGAAACAGAUUUUGUGGCCAGGAACAAAACUUUCCAGACUUUGGUUGAUUCUGUAGCCAGUGCUUGCCUCAGGUUUGCAGUCAAACAGACUACUGGAUCUGCACUGACUAAGAUUGAACUUGAUUCAGAAAGACUAAAAUCACUGCCAGGUGAGGAUGGGAAACCUCUGUCUGACCACACAGCUCUGUUGAUUGGAAGUGUGGGAGAGAAUGUAGCUCUGCGUCGUGCAUGUUUCUUCCAGGCUAGCAAAGGAAUACUUGUGGCAGGCUACACACAUCCAGCUCCACAAAAGAGUAAUAGGACACUGUUUGGAAAAUAUGGAGCCCUGGUUUCAUUCAAGCAGGUAUUGCCAGGAACUCC